UCACUUCACUACUCGAACCACCGUUACUUGUUUCACAUUCUCGACAGCAAUGAGGCUUUUUGGGCUCUUGAGCCACUUGUCCUCUUUGUUUCUUCUAUGUUCCUCGUCGCAUGGCCUUCAUUUUUCGUUGAGUUGAUUGAUGAUGAGUGUGAAUGGAAGAUCAGUUAUUUUGAUGGACACAAGGUCCGCAACGACAGAUCUCAAAGUGGGACCAGUUGUCUUUACGAGGAGACGCAGAUGGGUGGUCGUACAGCUCCCCAGGGUCACCCAGUGACGAACUAUGAUUAUGUUCUCGCAGUCGAAAUGAAGUGGGGAGAAUGCUCGCCGAAGCAAUCGAAGUACUUCUGGACGGAGGAGUCAUGGCGUGGUUUGGAUGAAAAGUCAAACGAACGCGCCUAUGUCGCGUGUAGUUUUCAUGUGGCGAAUCCAGGAAAUUGGGUGUUUACGCCGUUGAUACCACGGGAAUCGGCUAAUAUAAUUUACAUCAACGUCUUGUACAAUACGCGAUCCUGUGAUCAAUACCAUGAUCCAAAAUCGUGCAAGGAAACGUUCAAUCUUUUCGUGAAGCAAUACGAUCGAAAAGUCAACGAUGUGGAUAGGGAUACGUUCAACAGGACAAUCGCUACUUGGACGCCGGUAUCGGUGCUCACUAAAGAUACAACAGCGGUGAUUUCCGAAACAACUCAGUCUGUUACGCUUAAUCCAUCAACGAAGUAUGUACGUUUUGGUUUCGAGGAGAAUGGCGUCUGUGUGUCGCUGUUGACGAUCACCGUGAGUGUUGAUUAUCUUUUUGAUUUAUCGCAAGGAUUUUGUAAUCCAUUUUCUUUUUUCUAA